GGGACCUUCUCCUCCUUGGCCGGCGGUGAAGUGGCUCCUUACGGAGCAGCCCUUGGUUACAGAGGCGGAAGGGAAGGCAUCCUCUGUGGAAUCGGGAUGGAGGGACCUGGAGAAUGAUUAGGAUCCCGUCUCGUACCUGGGGCCGCCCUGAGCAAGCUCGUCCUUCAGGGGUAGGCGGCCUUGGGCUUAGGUGCGCGCGCAUCCUUCUCUCCUCCCCCCCCUCCCUUUUUUAAUUGAGACCCUCGAGUUCAGCCAUCUGCAGUAUGUGAGCCUCGCCUUGCUGAUUCUCGCCGGCCUCGUCUUUGCGAUCAGCAAGAUUAUAAGAUGAAUAAUCUUUCCUUUAGUGAACUCUGCUGCCUAUUCUGCUGUCCACCAUGUCCAGGCAAAAUUGCUUCCAAACUGGCGUUUUUACCCCCAGACCCCACAUAUACACUGAUGUGUGAUGAAAGUGGGAGUCGCUGGACUCUACAUCUUUCUGAUCGUGCAGACUGGCAAUACUCUUCUAGAGAAAAAGAUGCCAUUGAAUGUUUCAUGACUAGAACCAGCAAAGGUAACAGGAUUGCCUGUAUGUUCGUGCGUUGUUCUCCUAACGCCAAGUAUACCUUGCUUUUUUCACAUGGAAAUGCUGUUGACUUAGGUCAGAUGAGCAGCUUUUACAUAGGACUUGGUUCACGGAUUAAUUGCAACAUAUUUUCAUAUGAUUAUUCUGGAUAUGGAGCAAGUUCUGGAAAACCAACAGAGAAGAAUCUGUAUGCUGACAUCGAUGCUGCUUGGGUAGCUCUUAGAACAAGAUAUGGAAUCCGCCCUGAAAAUGUGAUUAUAUAUGGCCAAAGUAUAGGAACAGUGCCAUCUGUGGAUCUUGCUGCUCGUUAUGAAAGUGCUGCUGUAAUUCUUCAUUCUCCUCUAACCUCAGGGAUGCGUGUGGCUUUUCCUGAUACUAAGAAGACCUACUGCUUUGAUGCAUUUCCAAACAUUGACAAAAUUUCUAAAAUAACAUCUCCAGUGUUAAUAAUUCAUGGGACUGAAGAUGAAGUGAUUGACUUUUCACAUGGCCUAGCAUUAUUUGAACGCUGCCAAAGACCUGUGGAACCACUGUGGGUAGAAGGAGCAGGACACAAUGAUGUUGAGCUUUAUGGACAGUAUCUUGAACGAUUAAAACAGUUUGUUUCACAGGAACUGGUGAAUUUGUAGAUUGCUUUAUACAGUUUUUGCUGUUGAAUUUUGUUGCAGAACUGCACAAUUUAGUAACCACAAUAUAAAACCUGAUGGUUUUGUUUUCAAAUCAGGUCAGUUGCCUUCAUAAAUGUACAGGUAAUGAUUUGUAAACAUAAUUAAUGAAGGUUUUAAAACCCAUUGUUAACUGGAACAAUGAAUGAUAGAGACAAGCUUGUGUGGUUUGUAUAUUUUGUGCAAAUUUUCUUAGACUAUACAUAAGUCAAUUUGCAAGUCUUUCUUAAGAUGUACAAAAAUCAUAGGGAGGAAAGGGAAAUUUUAAUUAUGUAAAAUCAGAUGUAAAAGUGUUGCCAAAUGCUUUAGCAUAUCAGACAAGUUUAUAUACAAUAUUUUUAAAACAUCUCAAAAUGUACUGUGACUUUCUUUGUUGCACAGGUGUAAUUGAAGCAGUAAAAAUAGCAGUUGCGUUUGGAAGAAUAAGAAAGGAUAUGAAAACACUCACUGGAUUUUACAGGCCCUAUUAUAUAGGGAACAAGUCAAAACAGAUGUUUUAUUUUCAUGUCUUAUUCUCAGUGUCACCACUCUUUUCUUGGAUGAUAGACAGACAAAAUUCUGAUUUGGCCACCCAUGUUGCUCUGUAGAAACAGGCACAAAAUAUUGAUUCUUCUUAAAAUUCCUAUUAACAGAGUCUGUAGUAAAGCAACUAAAUUCUUCUGUGGUUUUUCUGAGGUCAUUAAGACUUGUAAAGAUCUUCAUGUUCGGCCAUGUUGAUCUGAUCAUGUGAAGAAUCAGAACUUCACCAGUAAUUCUUAAUGUGAUACGAGGUUUGUAUUGGCAGACAUAUAAAGUUGAGUCAUUUCAGGUUUGAUUUGAAUGUUUAUAAGUGUAGGACUAACUGUUUCAGUUAUUUUGAAAAUUCUACUAAUGUACUAUAUAGUGAAAAGAAUGUUGACAAUUAACUCAUAGUAUAAUAAGUUGCCUUUCCCUUGAAUAAAUUUUGCUUGAAUAAAACAUAAUAGACCUACAAAUGUAGCCUAAUUUGUAAACAAAGUAAUACUCCAAUACACACUGUGCUUCUAAUUUUAAAGCCUUAUAUACUAUACUUGUUCUGCUCAAUGUUGUGAUUGUCUGUCUGAGAAUAUUCAAUAAUGUAUUAUGUAUUGUGAAUGCUUAGGUUCUAGUGUGUUAAACUAAAAUGAAAGAAAUUCCACACACACUUGAUACUGAGUUGUUUUUACAAAGUGUAAACUGUCAGUCUCUGACUAAUCCAUUCUUAUUGAUGAGAGAAAAACUAGAAUAGCAUAAUUUCCAAUGUUAUAAGAAUAUCUUGCCAAAACCUGCUGAUAAAAUUACCUUGACCUUUUCCCUUCCAGAGGUCUUCCCUAUUUCCAUCACAUUUCUGCUUGAGCCAAGGUAUUCUGACAGUCAGUAGUUUGGUAAAAGUCAUGCUAGCUUCUAAUUUAAGCUUUGAAUAGAUUUUAUGUUUUAUAAAUGAAGGACUGAACACAUUAUGUAUACAGAGUAUGUCAGUUUUAGACUGUUGAGAGGUAGCAAAUGUCAAAGAUUUCAAGCAAUUACUAUAUUUUAGUAUAAUGCCAAACUCAACUGAAACAUGAGGUAAUACACAUUGUGACAUCUUUGUACACCACUUGCCUUCUGCCUCCCCACAAAGAGUGUAUAGUAGAACCUGCUGCCAUGAUCAGAAUAAUGGCUGCAGAUUAUCUCUCCUGUGUCACACUGAGGCAUGUUUGUGUCAUUCCCUACACAGAAGUAAAGAGGUUGAGGAAGAUGGGAAGCUGGUUAACCAGCUUAGUGAAGAAAGGCUUAAAGUGCCUCCUGUUCAAUUUGUUAAAGACCACAAAUUGGUAAUAUGUGUGCUAGCUUUGCUUCAUACUCUUUGAGGUAGUUUAAUCAAGAUAAAAUUACUUGGCAUGUAAAUUUAAGUGCCUGAGUAAAAUCUGGUGGCUUACAAUACUGCAUGAUAUGCAUCCAUUCAUAACAAUGAGACCUUUGUGUCACAACUUACUAGAGCAGUUUUAUAAUGUGCAACUUGAAUUUUUAUAGGCUCUAUCUUCAUUCAAGUACCUUUUGAAGGUUUAUUCUGUAUUAUUAAAAUCAAUGUUAAUUAUCCUUCAUGAGAGCAGAAACUUGUUCACUACAGAAGUCCAGUUCUGUAAGUUCAAUACUUAUCAGAAAAACAUAGGACUGUUUAUAUCAGAUUUAUGUUUGGAAAAGAUGCAUCCAUGGAACAUGGACCCUACUCUGUAUUUAGUUCAGAUGUGAUUUUGCACAAAGGAGAAAUGAGAAAUCACUAGCUAUGCUAAUUGCUCAGACAGCAGAAAUCUUAGUAGUUGCCUUUCAGCCCAGAUGAUUAGAAGACACAUAACAGUAGUGUUAAUUCUGCAGAACUUUUCUUACUUUUUUACAUGUCAAGAUCUUAGUGUUUCACAUUUGAAAUCUGCAUAGGUCAUAUUAAUCCUAAUAUCAGUCCAUAUAGGCUCUAAAAAACUCUUACAAUAGAACUCCUAUAAACUUCCAGUUGCCACACUGAAAAAAACAAACAAAUUAAGGCACUGUAUUUUAAGUAGUUAUAUUGAAGCACUAAGAAUUGAGCUGGGGUUGGUAGCUAUGCUAUCUCUUCGUAUGAGUUCCAUUUUGGCAGUGAUUUGAGAUAAAAAUGCCAGCUGUUUUGUUAACUUGCUGUAAGAUGGCUGCAGCUAUGUGGAGGACUAUUUAUUAUAUCUUCAUUCUGAGUAGGUAGCAAGGUGGAUCUCACACUCACUGCCUCAUAUUUCAGAUUGUGGCUAAAGGCUAGAAGAAUUUUUCUCAUAGUUGUCUGUAGUGUCAAUGUGGCUGAAAUUGCCUCUCUGAAUUUACAGCUGGCUGUUGUGGCAAAGUAGGCAUCUAUAUUCAUCUUGGAAGAUUCAUUGUGAAAUAUACCAGUUCAUUAUUGACUAGAAAAGAGGGAGAGUGCAACCUUUGGAUAUUGCAGAUCAUAACUAUUGGGCUGUAAUUACCUGUGGAAAAGGUUAUUUAAACUGUACACUGCUUAUUUCCCGUGCAUGGAGAAGUGUGAUGAACUUCGUCAGAUUGUGCCUAUUCCUGACCUGGGUCAUGUAUCAGUAGAAGAGGGAUUGAGUCUAAUAGCUCUUUAAAGACGAACAGAAUUUGUAAUAGGGUAUGAAUUUUUUGUGAAUCAGUGCUUACUUCAGAUAUGUAAUACCCCACAACAAAUUUUGUUAGUCUUUAAGGUGCUACUGGACUCUUACUCCUUUCUACUGCUACAAACUAACAUGGCUGUGCAUCUUGAACUGGGCCAUGUAUGUUUAAUAUUGUGGAUUGAAAAAAAAGAUUCCACUUCAUAACUUAGAGAUAGAAGCUACCAAAAUAUUUGUGCUUUUUAGAAAUACUGAAAACAAAGAAUAUUCAUAUUUGCUCAUGGAUAAUAGAAUCAAGUUGCCUGCUCAACAUAUUUUGCACAAGGCUUUUAUGAGUUGAGAGCCUUUUUGUGCCAAGAGAGGUAAGCAUAGCUUUUAUUGCACCUCCAAUCAUUAGAACCCUGAUAUUAAAACACUUCCAAGCUUGACCUGAUACUGAUUCUUCACUGAGAUACUUUAUAAAGCUAUUGAUGAGCAAUGAUUAUUGCAUUAAUUGAGAAGCCAUUAUCAAAAACUUGAGCUAACAUAAUUGGGACUAAUGCUUUGAAGUAUUGGAAGGAAGGAAAAGGCAGCUGUAGAUUUUCAGCUUUGUCUUGUCCCUGUGAUGUGUUUGGCUAGGCAAAAAUAAUGUGGAUGGCUCUGGAGAAAGACAGGCUGUCAGGCUGAAUCUUGCUACCUUAGAGAGCAAAAUUGAUGCUUCUUUCACAACACUGUUUGCUUUCAGUCUGAGCACUACCUCAAACUGCUCUGUUACUUUGGGAUCCUUGAUUCCUUGCCUUUGGCAGUGUGUUAUAAGGCAGUUAUGGAUGUGUUCUCUUAAUGCAGCAUCUAAAACAUGUUUUUCAUAAACGCUGCUGGUAAUUCUCUGAAACAAAAACUAUUUGCAUUGAGUUGAAGGUAAAAGAUGUUAAAUGUUCUUUCCAACUGUUGGCUAACCAUGUUUAUUUUCCCUUCUGGUUAGAGUUGAAUUAUUCUUAAUGUUGGUUCUAAAUUUUAUCCACUGUCUUAACUGCUCAAAAAUUCUGCUGAUCAUUGUAUUUUAAGACAACUCAAAUAAAACUGUGUUUUUUACUGUA